CUGUGCACGCUGGAGAAGCUGUUUUUCCACUCUCUCACGCACACGCGCUUUUCCAUUCUUUAUUUAUUUCUUUUUGGGUUUAAACUUUCUCUAAGCCUCGCUGCCACUUCCCCAAAGCUGCUGCCCCCUUUCAUCCCUCGCUGGGCCUCUGCGAUCUUCCCCCUCUAAUCUGACCCUGCAGGAAACCCCAGCCCCAACCCAGCAAAUCAAAACCCCCAAACGGAGCCUGCUGAGAGGCAGAGGAAGCGACUGCUCAGCGCGGGCAGGCGGCCGCCGGGCGUGGUGCCUGCUGCCUGUGCCCGCUGCCCAGCCCGGUGGGGGCUGUCCCCACUCCUCGUACCCUACACCUUUCCGGAGCCCAGAUCCCAGAUUGAACAUCUCGGUUCAUCACCAUGUCAGCCCUGAUUGUGGAGAAUUUCCGCUUCCUGUCGCUCUUUUUCAAGAGCAAAGAUGUGAUGAUCUUCAAUGGGCUGGUGGCCCUAGGCACAGUGGGGAGCCAGGAGCUGUUCUCCGUGGUGGCCUUUCACUGCCCUUGCUCCCCAGCCAGAAACUACAUUUAUGGGCUGACAGCCAUUGGGGUCCCUGCCUUGGCUCUCUUCCUCAUUGGUGUCAUCCUCAACACUCACACCUGGAACCUGGUGGCUGAGUGUCAGCUACGCCGGGCCAAGAAUUGCUCAGCUGCCCCCAAUUUCCUUCUCUUGAGCUCUAUCCUAGGUCGUGCAGCUGUGGCUCCAGUCACCUGGUCUGUCCUUUCGCUGCUCAGAGGAGAGGCCUAUGUCUGUGCCCUCAGUGAGUUUGUGGACCCCUCCUCACUGACAGAUGAGAGGGGAGGUUUCCCCCAGGACCAUGCAGUUGAGGUCCUGGCCAAGUUUCCCUGUGGGGAGGCCCCAGCAAACUUGUCGGGCUUCCAGGAGGAGGUGAGCCGAAGACUCAAGUAUGAGUCCCAGCUCUUUGGGUGGCUGCUGAUUGGCGUGGUGGCUGUCCUCGUCUUCCUCACCAAGUGCCUAAAGCAUUGCUGUUCACCGCUGGGCUACCGCCAAGAGGCAUACUGGGCUCAGUACCGGGCCAAUGAGUCCCAGCUGUUCCAGAGGACGGCAGAAGUACACUCCCGGGUGCUGGCCGCCAACAAUGUGCGCCGUUUCUUCGGCUUUGUGGCCCUGGACAAAGAUGACAAGGAGCUGGUUCAAGAGUUUGUUGUCGAGGGGACCCAGCCGAGGCCCCAGUGGAACGCUAUCACUGGUGUCUACCUGUACCGUGAGAACCAGGGCUUCCCACUCUACAGUCGACUGCACAAGUGGGCCCAGGGGAUAGUGGGGAACGGAAGGGGGCCGGACAAUCUGGAGAUGGCUUUCCUGGCUUCCUAGUAUUGCAGAUAUCCUCACCAUCCCAUGCCUGUUUGAAAACACAGUGGUGACUUUUAUAAUCCAGGGUCCCUGUCCCAGAGCUGCCCCAUCCCCAAACCCAAUAUGUCUGCUUCUUCCCACUGCUACCUGUUCAUAUUUGGAUGGGCACAAAGGUGCCCCACAGUCCCGCACCCAAACCCAGGAGUUAGCAGCUACUCAGCUGAUUUUGGGGUGCAUCAGAGGAAGCUUUUACUAGCAUCACUGACAGGCCAUCAAAGAAGGCCAGAGGGUGGGGUGAAGACGUGAAAGUGGCCCAAGUUUGGGGAGAACCUGCUGGGCAGUGCAGUGGUGCUGAGAAGGGCAUUCCAGCCUGCUGGAUAAAUGCUUUACAAGAGGUUUAGUCUUUUCCAAAGAAGCUACUUGUACUAACUUCUGAACUCUGGGACACCAGAAACUAAGUUCUUUCCAUGCCAUGUCAGUGAGCUCCUUGCAACAAUGAAGAGUUGAGCGCAGUUAACCUGUGUCUAACUGCAUGUAGGUUGGGAAUGACCAUCUUUGGAAAGGGAAGGCUUGAACACCUUGGGGACCACUAGUGAGCAGUUCUCCUAGGGCUCCCACUGACGUUGUUUUCUAUUUUUUAAACAUUUUUGAUAAAAACUUUGCUAUAACAUC